CAUAACCUCCGACGACACUUAAAAUUUCUGAAUAAUAUUAAUUAUUAGUGGGGUUCAAGAGAGGAAGAAAUGGCUCAACUUCAAAGGAUUGAAAGCCAAAUUGAACUCAAAUGUCACGCCGACAAGUUCUUUGAAGUUUGGGCUAGCAAAGCACACCUUAUUUCAAAAAUAACCCCUAACAAAGUUGCCAAAGUUGAGCUUGUUGAGGGGGAGUGGGAUAAGGUUGGUGCUAUAAUAACGGUGAGGCCACUUAAUUUCGGCAAAGACAAGAGUGGAGGUGCUGGAUUAAGAGAACAAAUCGUUGAGGUACAGAGUUGUUGAUGGACAUAUCCUGCAAAGCUACUACAAGAGCUUCACGACCAGCGUACAAGUAACACCAAAGGACGAGGCCGAAGGCAAGGGCUGUAUUAUGAAGUUUAGCUUUGAAUAUGAGAAGCUGAAUGAAGGUGUUCCUGAACCAAAUAUGCAUA